AUGUGGCGUCUCGACGUCAUUGGGAUCAAAGCACCUGCUCAGGAAAAGAGCAAGGUUCCGCCAGAACUUGAGGCAUUUGAAGAGGGCAUUGUCAAGCUAGACGGGCGCUACCAGGUGCCGCUGAUGUUAAAGGAUCCAGGAAUACCUGCCGGCAGCGACAAUCGAUGGUUGGCGGAGCGCCGUCUGCAAGCACAAUUAAAUAGGUUCAGACCACAGCCCGAACUCCUCAAGCAGUAUGACACGGCAAUCAGAGCGUAUUUUAACGAAGACCACGCAGAGCGAGUUGAAGAAAAGCUACUGCCAAGAGAAAAUGUGUAUUAUAUGCCUCAUCAUGCCGUCAUACGAAGAGAGGCCGUUACUACAAAACUUCGGGUGGUGUUUGACGCUUCCUCGCACGCGCUUGGCCAUCCUUGCCUGAAUGAUGUUCUGUUCAAGGGUACGAAGCUUGGAGUUGACAUUGUGCAGCUGCUACUCACCUUCCGACGUCACCCGGUAGUCCUUAUCGCGGACAUCAAAAAGGCAUACUUGCAGAUGCUUAUUCGCCCGGAAGACCGCGACGUGCUGCGAUUCCUCUGGAUUGAUCGGUUGCCCUCGGAUGGUGAUCCAUCUCCAUCUGUGGUGACGUGGAGAAUGACGCAGGUCCCGUUCGGAGCCUCGUCUAGCCCAUUUUUGCUCGCAGCUACCAUUCGACAUCACCUGGCACUCUGUCGAGAACAACAUCUUGAGACUGUAGCAUUACUAGAGAAAGCCUUUUACGUCGAUGACCUUAUCGUGGGACUUCCGAAUGUGGAAGAAGCGGCCACAGUGUACAAUUAA